CACGGAGGGAAUCCCUUGGCAAGGUUUGUCGACUUUCAGCCUGCUGUGCGCACUUUGUCUUUAUUUUAGAUGCUCCUCUCCCUCGCCCACUCCUUCUCUUUCCGUUCCCUCCUCCAGCUUCUCACCUCAAAUUCAAACACUUCAUACACCUAUACGCCGCACCAGAAACAGCAAGAGACCAUGGCGUCGUCCGCAGACAUAUAUCCGAGUCCGCCUCCGUACGAGGCAAUUGGACGCCCUCUUGAGGACCACCUCAACAUACCUCAACCUGGCUCGAGCAACCUGACCCCUCGAGACUUCGGUACCAUCACUUCACUCCAAAACGACGACGACAGGGACAUGGAGGAGGAGCGUGAUUACGAAGAAUCCAGGCCGCUCAAGAUGGGACGGAUACCUGACGCCAGGGCCCAGUACACGUUUAUCCAACCCAGCGACACAAUCAACAACGUUAGUGCAGCCCAUGGUCCAUUUUCACGCAUCCAAGAGCUUUUUCACCACCAACAACCCCACAAUCCUGUCCAUCAUUCCUCUCACUCUCAAUCUUCAAACCCUUAUUUUAAUCCGCCCCCCUCACUGUCAGCAAUGCCACCUUCACCUUCAUCCUCAACACUGAGACAGCAGCAGGAGCAGCAGCCGCGAAGGAGGGGCUCGAUCCUCAAACAAUCUGAAUCGGAAGGACAGGAAACGAGCUCAGUUGCAGCUGGAACGAGUUCUUCUACGUCGUAUGCACCCCCACCCUUCCCUCCACCACAACAGCCCAUUCUCCCAGCUCCGUUGGCAGGGGUCCCAGAGACUCCCGGGUUUAUGAAUGCGCAGGAUGUCUCAAUCGCUGAUUACAAGCGCACAAAGCGUGGUGCGGAUUCAUGCGACAAGAUCCUAGAAGACCCCUACCAGUUGUAUCGGUUCUUUGUCGCCCACAAUGACCGGCCAUCUAUGCACGUCUUGAUCUGUGGUCAUCACACAGAGAAGAGCGAGUCAUACGAGACAGAUUCGGAUGGGAAUCGCAAGCUGGUCUCCAGGGACGUGCGAGUGGACGACUUUAAGAUAGAUUUCGACCUCACACCAUACAUCUCACCAAGGGGGACUCUUUACACUGCGCCCGAUCCCAAGAUCGGGAAGACGUCCACCAUCCGGGAGGCCAUGGAACAGUUCGCAAUGGAAAAUAAUCCGUUCAAGGAAAUGCACAUGCAUAAGACGGUUGCUUGGGAUUAUGAAGAGUUAACAAGGGCAAUCACACAUGCGAUCCGGGCUGCCCACUACCGAUACACCAUCGAAAUAUCGUAUCCCUGCACCAACAACCUAGUCAUUGUCCGAUCUUCUUCUCCGGCGGCAAACUUCAUGCGCAAUCGAUGGACCAAGGCUUUAUGCUUCAUUUCUCUUGUUGGAUUUAUCUUGUAUCCUGCCGUAAGUCCUUAAAUGCCUGGAAACAGGGUCUCUUAGCACGACAUUCAAUUGAUCUAUCAAACGCCCUCCUAAUCGUUCUGAUCUAUCGUCUGUCAUUCUAGCGCGAGAUCUACAAAGCCGUCAAGGAUAAAACCCUCAAAUCCGAGUUCCAAAUGACGAUUAGCACCCGCGACUUUUACAUGCAGAACUAUUGGAAUAUUGUCGAUCAAGUGCAGUACAAAUAGUCAAAUAGUCUUGUCAGUUUUGUUUUGCAGUGAUAGCGAUGGUUGUGAUAAUAUAUAUAUAUAUAUUCAAG